AUGGAAUCUACAUUAUUUCUACAAAUUCUUCAUAAUGAGAGACAAUUCUUACAAAUGCGUACUGCAUUAUCUGGACGAACAAGUCAACAUCAAUCUCAAUUCGAAAUGAGAAUUGCAACAGUAACGACAGAUAAUGAACAUUUACGUCAAGAAUCAGAUAAAAACCAAGAAUUAUCCAAUAAAACGAAUCAGAAACAAAGUGACUUUCAAAAUAAACUAAUAAUUCAUUAUACACAUGAGAAGCGAUUCAACACACGUAAGAAAGACAUGCAUCGUAUUUUUCAACAAAUCUUCGACAAAACACCAGUCAUCCAAACUGAACUCAUCGUUGGAAACCGAAAUCGACAAAACGCCAUCAAAGAAUUGAUCAGAAAACGUCCUGCAGCUGCAAUAUUGAAAAACAAACCAGACAAAGGUAAGCAAGAUCAUUGUUAA